AUGGCUCAAUAUAUGUCAGAUAGAGAACUCAGAUUAAGUAGAAGAGAAAUUCAAAAGGAUGAGGAGGAGAGGAAACGAAAAGAACAAUUAGAAAUAGAACUUAUGGAAAAAGAACUUGAACUAAUAAGAAAACAAAGAGAGCAACUGAGACUGAAUAGACAAAGGGAGAGAAUAACAGGAGUAGAUGAUAUACAUGUUCAACAUAUAAACACUGUUAACCAUAGAGAAAGAUAUGGAGAAAUUGCCAAUAGAACUGAGGAUCUUGAUGGAAGUUAUAUAGAAGAAGAGUUUCCUGAACACGGAGAAACUGAUAACACGGAGUUCAACGUAGUUGAUGAAACAGGCUUUGAGGAGGAAUAUAUCUCACACAAUUCAACUCAUAUACUUGAGACAGAAGUGAUUCAGAACAAAGAUGAUAAAGAUAACAUGAAUGAAAGUCAUGAUAUCAGUGCUGAGAUUGAACAAUUGAAUACAUUUUUAAGUGAGUUAAAUGGUCCAGAUCAAGAGCAAACUUUCUCAAAAGUGACAGAACAAUAUACACAAGAUAAAGGAUACAUCUAUAGAGAAAGCCCAGCCAGAAUAAAUAGGAAAAAUCCGACAGUAAGCUUCACGGACAUGAGGCAGGAUUAUACAAGUAAAGGAAUACAAAGCCAAGAUAAAGGAGAAUUACAAAAAGAUAGUUAUAGAAAACAUAAAGUCUUAAGAAAGGAAGGGGAUGAAAGGAGAACACCCAUGUCUGAUGGUAGCAAGUAUUUGGACCAGAUAAGAUCUCAUAGAGCAAAAACAGAUGACAAGUCUGAGAAAUCACAGCAGUACAAGGAAAAGGAGGCCAUAGAAGAAAGAAUUAAACAGAAAGAAAGGGAAAUGCAAUUAUUGAAACUAGAAGAAAGUAUGAGAUAA